GAAGGCUUGUUUACGUUGCCUCAGUGGGUUUCGUUGUUUUCUUUCAAUGGUUUAUCAUUUCUGAGUGAAAUGAAGAAGUGUUGUGUCGAAAUCAUCCGUCUCUCUGAGGGAAUGAAAGGGAAAAUGUGUCGUUGCAAGAAACUGCUCUAAUUCGUUUGCAUGAUUCAGUGAUAGAGAGGUUAGGUUUUCUUAAGGUCUUGAAAAUGUGUUGUUCAAUGUUUCUGUGUUGUUUCAGGAGGUUGAGGAUUACGAGCGCCGUGUACUCAGGGAACGCAACCGACGUCAUGAGCGCCAUGUAAGUUUUUUAUUUACCCUUUUUCAGGUGUGAAGUGAAACCUUAUGUGUGGGAAUCUCAUGUUGCGAUUUAUGUUUGUUUUAGAGUGUUUGGAAUCGUUUGGGGGGAUUUGUGCCCCUUGCGAUGGCUGAGAGCGGCAGGGUGGCUCAAGUCGUCGACCCGCAGCCCCUCUCGAUUCGUGGGAGGCGUCCUGGAGCCAGACUAGGAGGUCACCAUGGAGGUGGUGCAAGAACUGUGAGGCCAUACCAAGAGGAUGCGAAUCUUGGAAGGCUCUGGCGGUCAAUUGCUGGACGAGGAGCCGGACGGGGUGCAGGACGGGGAGCUGGAAGGGGAGGACGUGGAGGUGCUGCAGCAGGUGCCGUCCAACUACCAGCUCCGGCUGCUGAAGGGGUGCAGGCUGGGCCUGCUAUGCCUGCCCCUGCUGGAGCAGAUGGCGCUGAAGCAGCUCCUGCUGCUUUGAGGCGGGUACGCCGUAGUAAGCCUCUCACAAAUGCUCAGAGGUUCGCCGCAAUCCGUCGAAGACUGAGGAAGCUCUGAGAAUUUUUGAUUAAACUUUGAAUGCUCUGAGGCUCGCCGCAAUCCGUCGAAGACUGAGGAAGCUCUGAG